CUGAAACAACAAAGGGAAGAGAGAAGAAAUUAUUCCUGAGGAAAUGCACCUUUGUUGUUCGGUAGUAACGGAUACGUUAUUUGGAUUACAUAAUUAGAUUACAAAAACCAAGAGUCUGCCAAUAGAAUAUGGUAUAUUUUAUUUUUUUAUGACACGAUUACACAUGAAUCAGCAAGAGUAAUUGACUGUUUUUGUUAGUACGCUUUCUAAGAGCUGUCCACGCCGGAGCUUCGUGUGAAGAUGGAGCGGUCUCGUUCAGCAUUUGACCACUGGAUGCACAAACACCACUUCACGUUCAGAGACACAAGAGGAAGAAACAUUACUGUUCAGUGCAACCUCUGCCUACCAAAGAUCAACAUCUUAUCCACUGCAAGGGACUCGACGUCUAAUCUAAAGAAGCAUUUGGAGUGUCACUCACCUUGCCAGAUGCGCAAACGCCAGCACAGCGAAAUAUCGGAGCCUGAGCCUCUUUUUCACCCAUCCAAGCGGCUAAGGUCUGCUGUAUGGGAGUAUUUUGGGUAUGUAAAAGACCCAGGAGGCACCAUCAAUGUUGAUGGUUAUCCAAUUUGUAGAAUGUGUCGGAAAAAAGUGUCUGCUCGGGCAAGCAACACCUCAAACAUGGCGCACCAUCUCCGUGACCACCAUCCCAAGGAAUUUGCAAAGAUGAAUAGAAAGCAUUCUGUGGUGUGUAGGAGAAAAAUAAGAGAUACACCAAGCAGCGAUGCACCAAGCAGUGAUGGACCAAGCAGUUAUGGACCAAGCAUUUUGGAAAAUCAAACGGCAGAACCAUCUGAAGCAAAAGAAGCUAAGAUUGAUCCCACAAUUUAUUAUCAAACAUCGCAAUCAAGGCUAAAUACCCUGGUUUUCAAUUUCAUUGUGGAGGAUGUGCAACCUAUUUCCAUUCUAGAGCAACCUGGUUUCAGGAGGUUGAUCGAAAUUUUAAGCAGGGGCAAAAAAGUCAUGAGUCAAAAUGCUUUUAUCACCAAACUUGAAGUAGCAUUCAAUAAAAUGAAAGGGGAGCUAAAAGUGAAACUCGACAAAGUGAAGACACUAUGUACAACUGCUGAUGUAUGGUCUGUGCAGGACAGAAGUUAUUUUGGAAUGACUUGUCACUGGCUUGAGGACAAUCUAGAAAGGAAGUCUGCUGCUCUUGCCUGCACAAGAAUCCCCAUCAGCUACACUUGUGAAACCAUCAUCGCUAAAAUUCAAGAAAUUCAUUCGUCCUAUAACAUCGAGAGCAAGGUUCAGGCCACCGUCACUGACAAUGGUAACAAUUUCAUUAAAGCCUUCAAAGAAUUCUCCUCUGAGGAUGACCAAGAUGUGGAGCAAAGUCAUUUUGAGGAUUUGGGCAGUAUUCUUUGUGAUGGAGAAAUGGGUGGAGACUUCUUUCUGAGUUAUUUCUUGCCACCCCACCAACGGUGUGCUUCUCAAACACUGAACUUGAUUGCCUCAAAGGAUCUAGCGGAUGCUGUCUCAAAGGGACAGACAGGUAAACUGCACAGCAGCGCAACUGAAAAAUGUGCAGCAAUAUGGCACAAGGUCCAAACUUCCACCGUAGCUGCUGAUGCAAUGGAAUCCAUUGCGAAAAUGAAAUUCACAUUUCCUUGUCUCAAUCAGUGGAGCUCAGAAUACUAUGCCAUUAACAAGCUGAUGUCACUUACUGAUUCACAGCUCAACGAAUUGACCGAAAUCUUAGGUGUUCCAUGUUUUACACCUGAUGAAACUGCGUAUCUCACAGAAUAUACUGACGUCUUCAAACCAGUGGCUUUUGCGCUUGACCUUCUACAUGGUGAAGACAAGUGCUUCCUUGGCAUUGUGAUACCAACGUUGUUGACCCUUAAAAGGAAGCUUGAGGAAAAGGCAGCAAACACCCGCCUUUUCUCCAAGGUCAUCGACAGCACUGUUAAGGCAAUUGACUCUCGCUUCAAGCAGGUGUUUGGCAGUUCUGAUGCCAGAUUGGCCACAGCCACCAUGCCACAGUUUAGACUCUGGUGGUUACCAGAAGAUGAGAGGGAGAGUCUUCGAGCACAGUUGAUCACUGAAGUAUUACAGGUCGACCAAGGGACCGAAGAAACCGAGACCAAUGGAGGCUCUGUUCAUGAGGAUGAAUUCUUCUCGUAUGGACCUGGAAGUUCUGCCAACAAAGGUGGAAAGAGGGAAGCAUCAGAAGAGGUGUGGCUGUAUCUUCAGGGCACAAACAAAGAUCUGAAAUGCUUAAAUGAAUUUCCAGGAGUGAAAAAAGUGUUCAUCAAGUUCAAUACAACUCUACCCUCAAGUGUUCCAGUACAACAGCUCUUCAACAAUGGGGGCAAUAUUAUGACCCCAAAAGGACAUCACCUCUCAGAUGAACAUUUUGAGCGUGUACUCCUUUUACGUUACAACAGCAAAAUCACCACUGCUUUGGAAUAAUUCAUGGAGUAAUACUACUGUAAAUAGAUUCUUUUUAUUUUUGUAUAGUUAACAGGAUG